GCCCGUCCGUCCGUCCGUCCGUCGGUCACCGCCGGAAGAACUGGGAAAAGUUGUACCUCUUCAAAGACAGCCAGAAGGAACAAGUUCUUGAGCUGGGAAAAAUAUUUCCAAACUUGACUGCAAGGAGUCCAUAAAAAUUGUAAUUUGUAUCCAGAACUAUGGAUAGACUUCUUCGACUUGGAGGAGGUAUGCCCGGCCUGGGCCAGGGUCCUCCUACAGAUGCUCCUGCUGUAGAUACAGCAGAACAGGUUUAUAUCUCUUCCCUGGCACUGUUAAAGAUGUUGAAGCAUGGCCGUGCGGGGGUUCCAAUGGAAGUUAUGGGUCUGAUGCUAGGAGAAUUUGUUGAUGACUACACAGUCAGAGUGAUUGAUGUGUUUGCUAUGCCUCAGUCAGGAACAGGUGUCAGCGUGGAAGCAGUUGACCCAGUAUUUCAGGCCAAAAUGUUGGAUAUGCUGAAGCAGACAGGGAGGCCUGAAAUGGUUGUUGGUUGGUAUCACAGUCACCCUGGCUUUGGCUGUUGGCUUUCGGGUGUGGAUAUCAAUACUCAGCAGAGUUUUGAAGCCCUGUCAGAGAGGGCUGUAGCCGUGGUAGUGGAUCCCAUUCAGAGUGUAAAAGGAAAGGUUGUUAUUGAUGCCUUCAGAUUGAUCAAUGCUAAUAUGAUGGUCUUGGGACAUGAACCAAGACAGACAACGUCAAAUCUAGGUCACUUAAACAAGCCAUCUAUCCAGGCCCUAAUUCAUGGAUUAAACAGACAUUAUUACUCCAUUACUAUCAACUAUAGGAAAAAUGAACUAGAACAGAAGAUGUUGCUAAAUUUGCAUAAGAAGAGUUGGAUGGAAGGACUGACACUUCAAGACUACAGUGAACAUUGCAAGCUCAAUGAAUCUGUUGUAAAAGAGAUGUUGGAAUUAGCCAAGAAUUACAACAAGGCUGUUGAGGAAGAAGACAAGAUGACACCUGAACAGCUGGCAAUAAAAAAUGUUGGCAAGCAGGAUCCAAAACGUCAUUUGGAAGAACAUGUGGAUGUGCUCAUGACCUCAAAUAUUGUCCAGUGCUUAGCAGCUAUGUUGGAUACAGUUGUAUUUAAAUAAGCCCCAGCAGGAAACUGUUAGUGAUGUUUUCUGUGUAUAUUCCUCUAUUGUUUCUAAUACUCGGAACCCAAGGUUUGCUGAAAGUAUCUUUGGUUUAAUGGAAGACAUCUGGCAUCAUUUGCAGUCUAAGAGCAGCAUUGCCCUUUCAGUCUCUGUUGUGCAAUUACUUCUGUUUCUUUAGGUCAGUCUUUGCAGAUUCAAAAGUAGUAGAAGAUCACAUCAACGUGGGCAAAUCUGAGUUACCGUUUAAUAUUGAAGAAAUCAGUAGUACUUAUAUUUUGAUUGUUGCUACAUAAUAAAAAUAAAUUUACAAUCUAG